GGAAAUGCAUACAAUCUCCUCUAAACAUGAACCGGGUAUUUCUUGGGUUCUAAGACGCAUCUUUCAUUUCCCAGCUCUUCACUGUAUGAGUCUGUGUGUCUGCCUUAAGAGCUUCUGGCCGAGCCAUCCGACUGCUGGUUUAUCUGCUCCGACACACACCCUCUCACUGGGGAAGUGUCACUCCGCACCCCCCUCCACCUCCUCAUUCCUGCUGACUCCCUGCUCACCCUCUCCUCUCUCGCCUCACCCCUCUCUGGAUGCCAGUAGCUUCUAGUCAUGGAGCAGACGACAGUCACAGACCAACCGAGGAUGUCAGUCACCAAAGCCUCAGCAUCAGUGUUUCAAGAGGAGGGAGUAGGGGGCUUCACCACAGGAAAUAAAGAUGACUUGUGGUCAAACAAUGUCCCUGCAGCGACAGACCCCAUACUCACACAGCCCGGCCUCGGCAUCACCACAACAACCAUUACUACCAUCACACAGACGGGAGGAGACUGGAGCACUGGCCUGUUUGACAUCUGCAGAGACAAGACUACAUGUGUGCUCGGGACUAUGGUGCCAUGCUGUUUGGACCUGUGUUUAGCUCACCAGUAUGGUGAGUGUCUGUGCAUGCCUCUGCUGCCAGGAUCCACUUUUGCCAUGCGUGUUGGGAUCAGGGAGCGGUACAAGAUUCGGGGAAGUGUGUGUGAGGACUGGACCACAGUUUGUUGCUGUUACCCUCUGGCUGUAUGUCAGAUGAUAAGAGAGAUGAAGCGGAGGAUGAAGACACAGACCUAUCAUGUGUCCACUGCCCUCGAAUGCUCCUGAAGAAACUCAAGACAGUCAAUGAGGCCUAGCCUUUUACAAUGAGACUUUUAAGGGUCCAACUGAGAUUACUGGUGUAUGUAUACCACAAAGAAUUAUUACUAUAAGGUUUUAAAUGCCCCUGGGGAUGACAAUGAAUCAAGCCUGUCCUACAACAUUUGAAGAAGACUGGAAAGAACUUUUUUAAACAGCAAAAAGAAUCCGAAAGUCCAAGUCAGUAUGAGCUUAAAACUGCCUCUGAGGUUUUAAGAUUGUAACUGAAACCUAACCUUUAAAUUGCUGUUGGACUUCUAUUUAGAGAGGAUAUUAUGAAUAAACUUGGUACCAAUAUUCUGCUUUUCAUGCGGAGGCGAGAACUCAUCAGCUACAUUUUGAGUUGGGAGAAAAGCAGGUGGCAAGACACGUUUUUUUUUGUUUUCAGUAGCUGUCACUGUCGGUAAACAGCACUAAACAUCUGGUACCACUCAGUCAGACAUCAGAAAAUCUUUCAAAAACCAGCCAACUUUCUUUAAUUCUGAAUAUGUUUCCAUGCAUACAAUUCAUUAUAUCUUAACCCUAAAAAGGCAGUACUCCAACUAUUGAAACUGAAGUAGCUUUUUUGGCCAUUUUAUUCAAGAUACAGCCAUAAUUAAAGUCAUUAAACCCAGUUGAACACAUAUAGAUAGUGUUUACGUUUUUGAUUUAUUUGAGGCAUAAAAUCAUCAUUUAAAAACCUCUGCAGACACAAUGUAAUGGAGGUAAAUGUUUGUUAAUGCUACUCAAAAACAAUGAAAAUUGUGAUUUCAAAAACUCAGGAGCAAAUUAUAAUUCCAAAAACAAUGUCCCCUGUGCUCUGGAUAUUCAGUGUAGCUCACUGUCAACAGUUCUUGGGGCCAAUUUCUUCAACAGAAAGUGGUCCAAAUGAAGUGAUAAAAAGUGAAUUGGGUGAACCAACCCUUUAGUUUUGUCUCGUAUUCCAAAGGUCACCAGACAACAUAUGCAGUCUCUCUCAGACAUGAAGGGAAGAUGAAAUGUGGAAACCUAAAACUUUCUAGACCUUGAGGCACAAAUUGUGAAACGGGGACAUAACUCAACAUUAGCACACUAUCUACAAAUCAGACUAAUAAAUCAAAUUUUCAGUGUCACAUUUCAAACUAAAUCCAAGUAAAGCCAGAAAAGCACAGAAAAUCCUCGUCAUUUGGUUUCUUAAGCAAACCUGGAUGGUUUUAAGAGUUUUAUUUAUUUCAGCGUGUGCCAGUCUAUUUAGUAUGCAGAAACACUUGUCUGAUUACCCAGCAAACAGGCUGCAGCAUAGCUUACAGUCAGUCAGUUCAAGUACAGUUUGAUGAUAAUAAAGCUAUUUCCAUAUUGCUGAUAUUCUUUAACCUAUCAUGUUCCUUAGUUCACCUCAGGCAUCCAAUCAUUUUAUUAAUCCAGUCCUGAUUGCUGUGGUUCCCUGAACCCCAAAUGCCAACCAGCGAGAACGGAUGUGGAAAAUGUUAUUUCUACACAAAGCAGAUGGGUCCUCAAAGGGCAACUAUGUAAUUUGUGGGAUGUGGUCCCCUACCUGGCAGCUGCGUCAGAUGAAAUGGGGAAAGAGAGAAAAUGGGUUUGUCAAGAGAUGUGAAUAUACAAUAUAAUCAUAUUUUACAUACUGUAACCUACACUGCACAUUCAUCCUUUUCAUGAAAAUACAUAUAUUAAAAACAAUUAUGUGUUAUAUGUGUGAUUAUAUGUAUUUUCUUGCAGAAGAUAAAUUGCAUUGCAAUUUUUCAUAAGUGUACAUCUCAUAUCUGAUUAUUUUGUUGUUGGUUUUCAAUAUAGCAGUCCUCAACCAACAGUGUUACUCAAUUGAAGGCGAAUGAAGUGUCAGAAUGACAGAAUAAUGCCUCUUAUGCAAAGCUGAUUCACAUUCCGUAAUAACAAAUUAUUUCAGAUUAUAGUCUUUGCAACAUACAAUCGGACGCAGCGGUGUGUGUUCUAUUUCUGCCUAUAAUUGCUGCUUUGGUGCGAUUAUACCACUUUGCUUUGAAUUACGGGGGAUUUCACCUAGCAGUUAAUGUCCCACUGUGGACAUUUUGGAUUCACACUCUACACAGAGGACAAACAGCAGCCCCUGCUGUGUUCCUAUGCACAUGAAGAAAAAAAACAACAACACAGAAAACAUUUAGCAAUUCAUAAAUUCCAAGCUAAAAAUCAUGGUAAAAAUAAUGUGUUCACAUUUUUGUAGACUACAAUAUAACAUACUGGCACGGAUCAGUAAAACUACCCAGUAUAAGCUACAACAGUACGAGAUUGUAUAGUUGCUUUUACUUGCGUGUUGAAGUAAAAAUACUUGUAUGCAAGUUUUAUGACAGAUGUGACAUACUGCAAGUUCCAGAUGGCCACAGCGGUAAUAAGGUCAGUGAUAUCUUACUUAUGGCUGCAUUAGGCUCCUGUGUUUCCUGAGCAGCCCUGGAUGGAUUAAUCUUGCUGCAGCGCCACUGCUCUCUGCCUACUGGGGGUUGUUAGUGAGCAGGAUCUGCCUCGAGCAGAGCUGCCUUCAGGCACUGUGGUAACAUCUUUCCCUCCCUGUGCGAUGACCAAAUGUUAUUGCUUCAGCAUCAAUAGCUUUAAAUUUGGUUGGUGAAUUGAAAAUCUAUCUUUUUUUUUUUUUUUUUUUUUUUUUAACCGCUCCCAAAGUAGUGGCUGCCAUUACAAGGGACAUUUAACUAUUCUUCCAAACCCCCAUAAAUGUCUGUUUUUCCAUGCCUAAGCAAUACAGUACAUAAUGCAUGACUUAUGGCUAGUGUCCAAAGUAAGCAAAACGUUUCUACUUUUAAAGGGUCAAUUCAUAAAACAUUUUAACUUGGGGUGAACUGACCCUUUAAAUGACUUUGUGUGGGAUUCACUGCUGUUUCAUGGAACAAAACCUAAAAUCUCAAAUGAAUGAAUGAACACUUGUAAAUCCCCAAACCCAUUUACACCGUGUACGUUUACUGUAUCACCACACACUAACACAGUCUGGCCUUACGUCAUCUCAACCAGAUACACCUCCACGCCUGAACCAUUAGAGGGCAGUGUUGCCCUGGAUCUGGACCCCUGUGGUCUGUUUUCUAUUCCAACUGCUGCACAGUCUUAAGUGCUGAUCUGGGGUCAGCGUUGGGAUUUCCACAGCAGUAGUAGAGGUCAAGAUUUGGAACAGUGAAGCCCAUCCUAAGUCAGCAGGCGGACAGGGACCAUAAAACAACUCUGCUGAUUUUCUUUCUUGCUGUUUCAGCAUGAAGACCAUUAUCCCCACAGAUGCAUCAGGUGUAGAGUACAGGCUGUUAUCGACAACAGCCCCUCAGGGAGCUGUUUGUGUGGGUGUGGAAAUGUGUGUGUGAUAUAUGCAGAUGUAUCCAGAAAGGCUCUUCCCGUGAUUGUGCUCAUUGCGAACUGUUACUGGUACAGAGAAACCAGCAGUAAACAGAUGAAAUACAAAACAUAGCACAGGGUGAAAAUAGAUCAUACCCUCCCGGGGCACACGUGACUGAACAACAACCAGAUGAAGGUGGAGUGUUUGUGCUUUUUCCAAACUGCACACUGACAUUUCUGAAAUGUUUUUUAAUGCAUUUCACUUCUCUCUCUUCCUUCUCCUUCAUCUCUACCUCCUGCAUGUAUUUCCUCUCCAUCGUCUUUUCAUUCUUGCCUUUUCCACCCUACCCCCAACCCUCCCUUCCCCUCAAUAAUCUCACGUCUUCUCCCUUAACCUUGCCUUAUUUAUUUCUCUUCUUCUUGACUCCUGCUAAUGUGUGUGCAUUUGUGGAAAAAAAGGGAGAAGAGAGGUGUGGAGAGACCUGCUGAGCUGGUGCAGUCGUCCCCCAGGUGAUACUUCUAUCCAGGACAACAAGCACCACCUGGGGUUUACAUAACCCACACUUCCUCGCACUCUCUCUUCACAUCCCUUUCUCUCUGAUACUCUUUUUGUAUCUUCGUUGCCCUCCCUAUAUCUCUGUCUAUUUUCCAUUCUGUCUUUCUCUCACACACAUCCUCAUCAUCAUAGUGGAGGGAGGUGGAGGGCAUUGAGCUGCUGGUUAGCCUGCAGCUAAAAGCCUUGGCAGUUUGUAUGGGAGUCUCUGCGCAGUGAGCGAAGUUGUCUUGUUUUGGGUUGUGUGUUUGCGUGUGAUGGUGGAAGCUUGGAAUUAGUUGGCACCGCUCCACUCUUCAGACUAAGCAGGUGGUUUUUAUAGAUUUUUCUUCCUGAAGACAGACAGGAGGAGGAUUUCAUUGUAGGAACGAUUGGGCUUCAAAAACCACUGUCAUACACAGGGAUUAUAAUACUAGAGAUUUGCCUGCUUUUGUAGUUUUUGUUCCUCAGAAGGACUAUAUUCCUUUCUGCUAAAGAAUUUAUCCUCAAAUUCCUUGGAUGACAAGAAAAGGGAGGAUCAUUUUUUUCACUUGAUAAGCUGUGUGUCCUUUGAGGUCAUUAAAACGUGACAGCUGCCAGAACUAGAAAACAUGGCAGAUGGCUUUCUUUUCCUCAAGCAUUAAUUAAAAUAAACAAAUAUUGGCAAUGUUUACAAUGUUGUCAUGGAUCAUAUACUGAUUUAUGUGGUUGUAUUUUAGAAAAAUUAAUGUUCUGAAAACAUUAAACCAGUUGAUGAAUUCAGUAACAACAAUACAUCACUUAGGCCUAUAUCAAUAUGUUGCAAUUAAGUAUUUGUUGCAUUUGGACACGUGAAGAAUCGAUUUGUACAUCGUAAUGUAGAAACAGUUCUAUGUAGAAACACCAAAUGUGGCUCCAAAGUUAAGUUUCAGUUAGAGGUACGUGUCAAAUUCAAAGGAGUUCUGAUGUGACCACAUUUAUAAGUGAGUUGAAGCAUUAUGAGAAAAUAAAUAGAAAUUAUUUAUGAGGUUUCUUGGAGGAAAAAAAAUAAGAGUGCAGUCUCAAAAACAAUUGAACACAUUCAGAAAAACACAUUUACAAGCAGGAUCAGGACAUGCAAGGAUAAGAAAAAGAUAAAGAUAAUCUUGAAACUAACUGCUAAAAAAUUACUCAGUUUCUCUAACUGGUGCUUAAGGAAAUUGGAAAUAUAUAAAAAAACAAAACGCAGACUGCAAGACAAUCCAGGGCCUCCUAGCACAACUGUGAUUAUUAAAAACCUCUGUAAAAAAAAAAACAGAUAUUCCUCUCUGUUGAAUGUCAAGAAUGUCACUCAUUCUUGUUAAUGCCCCAAAGAUGGCAGAUGCACAAUCAUUUUUUUGCCCUCCUGCAUAUAUUCUUUAAAUACUUACAGUUGCGAGAGGUUUAAUUUCCCACCAUUUCUUUGAGCCCCUGUGGAGUUCCAAUACAGAAACCCAAAUGCUCACACUACCACUGGCUUUUUAAAUAUUCCUCUUGCAAAAACAUGCAUAUUUUGAUGUGAGCAUAGAUUAUGAAACGACGGGUCUUGAUUUCUCCUCGCAGGCCUGGAGGACCAUAUUGCAUGAUGUCAGUACGAAGCACUAGCCCUAAACAACCAGCAGAAAACCUGAGGGGAUAAACACUCCCUUUGAAGGUGUCAUGAUGGCUUCUUUCUUGUGACAACUUCAAAGUGAAUGUUUAGGCCAAACGGACUUUUUGGCAUUUCACUGUGCAAUGAGAAAUUUGAAUAACAGUCACUUGACACAGAGUCUUGCUGAUAGGGCCCCUUGACCCCCAGGGCCUCUGGUCUGUGCCUGGUAGCCCCGUUCAAAAAUCCAUCCAAGGAUGUGAGGCAUGCAAACCAUGA